UGACAGAAAACAAUAAAAGUUAAUGCCCACCUCAGAUCUCUCCCUAAAACUUUGACAUAAUCAAGAAAACAGAUACAUCUAAUUGCCAUUUUUUUGUAUUUUCCUCAUCCAAAAUUCAGGAUCAAAAGCCCCAUAUCUUCAAAUUGAACCCCACUUCAGUCUUAGCCGAAAAACUUCUUCAAUUCCUGAUAGCUUCAAUUCUCUGACUGGUAUUUGUGUAUGUAUAUGUACACUGUACUAUCAGCUACCUCUCUUCUUCGUUCAUUUAUUGGCUUUUAUUGCAUAAGAGUUCUUCUGGCCAUAAAGAGUCACUGUUUCUUUUAUAGCCUUAUUGUGCAGUCUGUAGUCUGCAAUGGGAAACUAGCUGUAGCCUGCAAAUUUUCUCGUGGUCUAUUGUCAAGUGGUUUGGCAAUUGUGGGAUUUCAUGAAAUACUGUCAGAAUUAAGUGAGGAAUUUGAAUUCUUGAGGUUUCAAAUUUUAUUGCUCAUCAUCCUUGUGCUUUUUCUCAAAACAUGCUCCUCAAGUGUGCAGCAAAUCGGUAAACUGAACCGCGGAUUCAAAGGAUCCCAAAUGUACUUCAUAGACAACGAUGGCUUAUUCCUCGUGUCCAACAAUUCCAACUUCGGCUUCGGUUUCACCACCACCCCCACCGACGUCACUCUGUUUCUUCUCGUCGUCAUCCACAAGAUGAGCUCCACCAUAAUUUGGACAGCCAACAGAGGCUCCACUAUCCGUAACUCUGACAAUUUCCAGUUCGACACCUCCGGAAAUGCCUACUUACUCAGUGGCGGGUCCACCAUCUGGUCCACCAACACCGCCAACAGAGGAGUCUCUGCCAUGGAGUUGCAAGAUUCUGGGAAUCUCGUUCUGGUUGGUGAUGACGACAGCGUGAUCUGGCAGAGCUUUAGCCAUCCCACGGACACCCUCGUGUCGAACCAGGAGUUUUCCGAGGGGAUGAAGCUAGUGAGCGACCCGGGUUCGAAUAACUUGAGCUACUCCCUCGAGAUUAAAUCCGGCGACAUGAUCCUUUCCGCAAAUUUCAAGCCUCCGCAGCCUUACUGGUCCAUGAGCAGCGACACCCGGAUAACCAUCAAUAAAGAUGGAGGCCAAGUGAGCUCGGCCGUUGUCACCGCCAAUUCUUGGAAAUUUUAUGAUCCCAACAAAGUACUACUCUGGCAGUUCAUUUUCUCCGAUGGCGGCGCUGCUGCUGCUGCUGCUGAUAAUAACUCCACGUGGGCAGCAUCUUUAGGGAGUGACGGCUAUAUAACAUUUACGAUGCUUCUCGAUUCUUCCCCGACCCAGUCCUCGACGAGGAUACCUCAGGACGAGUGCAGUAGACCCGCAGCAUGUGAUCCUUACUACGCAUGUUACCCUGGGAAUAAAUGCCAGUGCCCGUCGGGUUUCCCCUCGUGCAAAUCCGUGGCCGCCCCCCCUUCAUGUGGCGGCGGCGAUCUCGUGAGUGGCGGUGAGGGGCUCGGCUACUUUGCGCUGAAAUUCGUCCGCCCCUUUUCUUCGAAAACCACUCUGGCCAGCUGCAAGGCAUCCUGCCUAGGGAACUGCUCGUGCGGGGCCAUGUUCUUCGACCCGACCUCCGGGAACUGCUUUCUUUUCAACGAGAUAGGAAGCAUGGUGGGGUCCUCCGCCGGCUAUGCCUCCUACAUAAAAGUCUCCACCACCGGCAGCGGCGGAGGAAGCGGCGGUAAACACUUUCCGGUGGUGGUUGUCGUGAUUGUGAUCCUCACAGUGCUCGUCAUAUCCGGUUUGCUUUUUGCCGGGUUCCAUUUCUUCUUCAAGAAGAACAAAAAGUUAAAUGAAGGGAAAAUAAGGGAUAUUAUAGAUGCCAAGAUGAGGGUGGAGGAGGAGGACGAGAGGGUGGGAAUAGCGAUAAAGGUGGCACUUUGGUGCGUGCAGGAUGACAUGUAUCUGAGGCCACCGAUGACUAAAGUGGUGCAGAUGCUGGAGGGGCUCAGCCAAGUGCCACCGCCACCAACGGCAAGUCAGCUGGGUUUGAAGCUGUAUUCCAGCUUCUUUAGGUCGUUAAGCGAGGAGGGGACCUCUUCCGGGCCAUCCGAUUGUAACAGUGAUGCAUAUCUAUCAGCCGUUCGCCUGUCGGGUCCAAGAUGA